AGGUUUCGGAUGUCCGAUUAUUUUAAUAAAUUUUGAUAUUUUGAAGUAAUAUACUUUACAUGCAUUUGUAUUCUUUUUUUUUAUUAGUGCAAAUUAAUUAAAGUGUAUUUUUAAAAAGUAUCAAAUCUAUCAACGUAGGUAGGUCCAUGUUGAAUAAUAUGGAUUUUCAAAAUCAUACUGUUUCACGUCCAAAAUUUCAACCAUUGCGUGUGAAAGAAUUACUGCAUUUUUGUGAAAGCGAUGAUGAUGAAAGUGAAGACAGACCACAAGAUUCUGAUAACGAAUCAGAUUUUGACGAUGUUUAUCCUCUACCACAAGAUGAUCAUGUUGAAAAUCAUUUAAAUAUGUCAUUGUUUAAUACAACAUGUAAUGAGCCAGAAGAAACUCGUAAGGUUUCGCAGACAGUUUAUUCAAAACUUCAAGAAUGUGAAAUAAACAAUAUCAUUACAGAAUGCAAGUCUGAAAGUAAAGCAGCAUUUCAUAAAAACGAACAAAAUACAUCUGAAAGAAGUCUGAAAUGCGAACAGUCAAAUCAAGUGCAAUUAAAUGUUGAAACUUAUGUACAAGACAAGUUUUCACAAAUUGAAUACAAAAAUAAAUGUAUUACUAAUGUAAACAUUAAAGGAGAAUCAAGUCAGAAUCAAUUUUUAGAUCAACAAAAUUCUAGCCAAGUGAGCAAUAGUAAGAAAUCUAUUGCUUCUACAUCUCAACAUUUGGAAAGUAUGUCACAAUCUGGAAUAGAUAAUUUACAGAAUAUAAGUAAGAAAUUUAUUGCUUCUACAUCUCAACAUUUGGAAAAUAUGUCACAAUCUGGAAUAGAUGAUUUACAGAAUAUAAAUAAAAAUUCUAUUGCUUCUACAUCUCAACAUUUGGAAAGUAUAUCACAAUCUGAAAUAGAUAAUUUACAGAAUAUAAAUAGUAAAAAAGAAACAUUAGAAUUAAUGUCCAUAGCAAAUGAAGAAAAAAUUCAUUGUGAAAAUGUAUCUUCCACAAGUAAGACAUUAAUAUCAGAUACAGGAACAUAUAUAAAUUCUAUUGAUCAGCGGAUAUUACAAAGUCCUUUGAAACAUGCAGUUAGUUCUACACGUCCAGAUCCAUGCUUCUCUCGUAGAAAUAUUACGCAAACACCACAAAACAAAUCUGAUAUAUCUAAGAAUCAUGGUUUGACUCCGGCUACAAUUUUAUCUCAUUGGUCUCAAAAUAAUAUGAAACAAACUCCAUUACAAAAUAAAAGUAUAAAUUUUAAAGAUUCUAUGCAAACUCCAAAAAAUUCUUUUUAUUUCACAUCAACUAUAGGAAAACAUGAAACUCCACGAUGUUUACUACAAGGAUCUCAGCUUCCUAAAGUAAAUGAAGUAACACCUAAAACUCAAGAAAAAUCAUUAUGUAAAAAUUUAUGUGAAACAGACUUACCAAAACAAAUAUUUGGAACAUUAGAAAAUGAUCUAGGAUCAGAUGAAGAAUUGAAAGAAAAUAAAUAUUUAAAUAUAAAGAAUACAGUAAUGGAUAAAGAAACAAUAAAUAAAAUACCAAAUAUCAAACAUGUUCCAUCUUGUAUUAAAGACAACAAAGAUACUUUGAAAUCAAAGUGCAAUUAUCCUCAGUAUCAACAUUCAGAAGCUAAUAAUCAAAAACAGCAACAGGAGUUAAAUAAAAUUGUAGAUAAAUCAUUGAAUGUACAGUUUUCACUUCCAUCUAAUGUUCCUAAAUCUAGACAAACUAGAACUCUUUUUGUUAAUGAAAAAGAGUAUUUAAUUUUGGAUACACUUGGUCAAGGUAUGAGUGGAGAAGUUUUGAGAGCACAGGACUUAUCUUCUCUCGAAUUAUGUGCUAUUAAAUGUGUUAAUCUUGAACGUAUGGAUAAAGAUUCAGCACAAGGUUGUUUAGAUGAAAUUUUAAUUGAAAUUAAGUCUCCAAUGGUGUAUGUGGUUAUGGAAAUGGGAGACACUGAUUUUAGUCGCCUUUUAAAAACUAUGUCACGUGAAAAACAAAUUUCUCUUACAAUGAUUUUAUAUUAUUGGACAGAAAUGUUGACAGCUGUUAAGCACAUACAUGAUAAUGGAGUAAUUCAUUCGGAUUUGAAGCCUGCAAAUUUUUUGUUAGUAAGGGGGCGAUUAAAACUUAUAGAUUUUGGAAUCGCUUGCAGUAUGAAUGCUGAUAUGACAUCUGUUAUAAAAAAUUGUCCAAUUGGAACUUUAAAUUAUAUUAGUCCUGAAGCCUUAAUGGAUAUUGGUGGUAAUUCAGAUUCACCCACACAGAAUGUUAAAUAUAAAAUUAGUUUUAAAUCAGAUGUGUGGUCUUUAGGUUGCAUUUUAUAUAGUUUAGUGUAUGGUCAUACACCAUUUCAUCAUAUUCGUUCACAAUGGGCUAAAGUGAACGCAAUAAUUAAUCCAAAGUUGAAUAUUCCUUUUCCUAUAACUAUGAUGUCAGAAGAUGGUAAUAAAGCUAUACAAAUACCACCAAUUUUAAUUGAUGUAAUGCGUAAAUGCCUUCAACAUGAUCCAAAAGCACGACCAACGGUAGCCGAACUUUUACAAAUAGAGUAUAUACCCACUAAAGAACAUAUGUCAACUACACUUCCUGAGAUUCCAGCAAAUAUUUUGCUGAAGAUAAAACAUACAUUAAAUGAAGACGAAUGGCGACAAUUAACAUGGGUUUGUACAAUAACAUGUCGUUUUUAUAUAAUAUUUUACAUUAAAAGAAAAAUAAUUUUAUAUUAAAUCUCGCUAUUACAGAUUUUGGAGAAUAGAAGAUAUAUA